AUGCAAAUGGAUGCCAACGCUUUGGGGCAUUGCGCUCCAGAUUGCUCUUCGUGGGGCAUACCCUCGAGGGGAACAAGCCUUCGCAACUUCAUAAACGUGGCGGGAAAUAUGUUCCUGCCAUGGAUACAGGGUGCAAACAUGCAAGUCUCAAGGUUGGUCCUAGUGCUCCUCUUGAUGAUGAGCAGAAAUCUUUGCUGGGUAUUGGAGCAGCCACGAAAUUCUCUACUAUUUCGUCACAGGCGUUUCUCGUGGUUCACAAACCAUGUGGCCUAUGUAUUCCAGUGCGCCUUUUGGAUGAUGAAACAUGGCUCUCCGACCCCGAAGCCUUCAGUGUGUUACAGCAACAUGAGAGAAAUCCAGCGGCUUCAUUUGGGAGCCCUCCGCAAAGCUGAACGGGAGAGAAGGACACGUGGAUCCACCACCCGUCACUAG